AUGCUCGCCCUCGCCUACCUUGGUAUUGGGCUCGGGGUCUACUUGAUCUACUCGUUCGCAAAGACCUUUUACGACUGGUACCGCCUGCGACACAUCCCUGGUCCCUUCUCCGCGGGGUUUUCAAAAGGAUGGCUGCUCAAACACACUUGGGAUGGGUCCAUGUACAUCGAGUCUGCGGAACAAUGCUUCAGAUAUGGUUCCCUCGUUCGCAUCGGACCGAACGACCUCAUUACAUGUGACCCCGAAAUACUCAAGACAAUGGGUGCGGCUAGAUCUCCGUACCGUCGAUCUGACUGGUAUGAUGCCCUUCGAGUCGAUCGUGAUAACAUUCUCUCCGAGCGAAACGAGGAGAGACAUGCGAUGCUUCGCGCCAAGAUGGCCCCUGGGUAUGCUGGCAAAGAGAAUCCCACCCUCGAGCAGUCCAUCGACGACUGUAUUGCAAAGCUUGUCGGCCUCAUCGAACGCAACUAUCUCUCCACCCCGGAAGAAUUCAAACCAAUGGAUUUUGCACGGAAGGCACAAUACUUGACUCUCGACAUCCUCUCCACCAUUGCCUUUGGAGGAGCAUUCGGAUACCUUGAGAAGGAUGAGGAUGUAUUCCAGUAUAUCCAGACAACCGAAAGCUCCAUUCCGGCCAUGAUCUUGUGUGCAGCGUUUCCAGGCUUGUCCAAGGUCUUUCAGUCACCAUUGAUGAGGUUUCUUAUGCCGAAGGAUACUGAUGCAUAUGGCCUGGGUAAAAUUAUGGGAGUGGCAAAGGAGGUGGUAGCUGAAAGAUUCCGACCUGGAGCAAAACCACGAAUGGACAUGCUGGGAUCAUUCCUUCGACAUGGCCUCUCACAAGAAGACGCAGAAACGGAGACCUUGGUCCAAAUCCUCGCCGGUAGCGACACCACAGCAUCAGCGAUACGUGCGACGAUGCUUCAUAUCCUCACCAACCCGCCGGUUUUGGCAAAACUUUUGACCGAGCUUUCGUCCGCCAACAUCUCCGAUCCCAUCCAGGACUCGGAGGCCCGCAAAUUGCCGUAUCUCCAAGCUGUGAUCAAAGAAGGCUUGCGCAUUCACCCCCCCGUUACAGGGCUCCAGUCCAAGUCUGUGCCGCCUGGGGGAGACACCCUCAACGGGUACUAUGUCCCAGGAGGAACGAAGAUCGGAUAUUGUGCAUUUGGCCUGUUCCUAGAUGAGGGAUUGUGGGGCCCCGAUGCUAGAGUAUUUCGACCCGAGCGAUUCCUGGAGGGGACGCCGGAGGAGAUCAAGCGCAAGGAGGCUAACGUCGACAUGGUAUUUGGGUACGGGAGGUCGUCGUGUCUUGGGAAGAGCAUUGCGUUCAUUGAACUCAACAAGGUCUUCGCGCAGCUUCUUCGGAAUUUCGAGUUCACCAUUGUCAACCCGCAGCACCCCUGGAAAUCCUUUAGUGCAGGAGUCUUUAUUAAAAUCAAUACAGCUGCCCACAAAUCAUCAGAGCAUGACGAUGUCCGCAUUGGUAACAGCACCAGGACUCCCAACAUCUCUCGACCGAGACUCGUCCCCAAAGGCGCGGAAGGUCAAGAUGCCGAAGAGACGGGGAUGCUGAGACUUCCAAACCCAGGAUACUUUCCGUAUGACACGUUGGAAGCAUCCACGGCGCUCCCCGAUCGGUUCAAGCCCACGCCCAACAGGCCUGUCGACCCCCCCGCGUCUGAGACUGCAAAGAUAUGUCUCUCAGAAGCUCCAACAGCCUCGCGCGUUCUUGUUCCCCACGAUUCCGCCGAACCAAACCUCCUGCGCAAGAUCGAUCUGACCACCGCUCUGCAAUAUGGCACCGCUCAGGGAUACCCGCCCCUCUACAGUUUCAUACGAGACUUUGCACGCACAAAUCUCCAUCCCAAUGUGCCCUACAAGGACGGACCAGACGUGAUUUUGACCUGUGGCUCUACUGAUGGAUUUUCGAAGGCGCUUGAAUGCUUCAGCAACAUCUGGGACGAGGAAAGAGAUUGGAUUCGAGAACGUGAGGGCAUGCUAUGCGAAGAGUUUGCGUACAUGAAUGCCAUUCAAGCCGCUAGGCCUCGAGGGCUCAAUGUGGUCCCAGUGGCCAUGGACGACGAAGGAAUGGUUGCGUAUGGCAAGGGAGGACUGCAGGAAGUCCUGGUGAACUGGGACAAAAACAAGGGCAAGCGACCACAUUUGAUGUAUACUGUGACAAUGGGCCAAAACCCAACCUCUGGAUUACUGUCACUAAAAAGGCGGAAAGAAAUCUAUGGCCUGUGUUCAAAAUACGACAUCAUCAUCAUCGAAGACGAUCCGUACUGGUACCUGCAAUAUCCUUCGGCAAAUGAGCUGUCCAUGAGAAACAGAGGUCAACUUGUCUCGGAGAACUUCCCCUCAGACAGCUCAUACAACUACAACACCGCCUCCGGUGGCAAAUCCAGUGGUUUUCCGUUCUUGGAUAGUCUUGUCCCUUCAUACCUCUCGGUUGAUGUGGAUGGAAGAGUCGUCCGACUAGAUACUUUCAGCAAGACAGUUGCUCCGGGCUGUCGAUUAGGCUGGAUCACAGCCCAGCCUGAAGUGAUUGAGAGAAUCCUGCGUAUCACGGAGACAACCACCCAGCAACCCAGCGGAUUCGUUCAGAGUAUGAUUGCGGAACUCAUCAUCGGGCCCUCCCACGAUGGUGAUCCCGGUAAAGGAGGUAGCAAGGAUGGUAGGGGAUGGAAGGCGGACGGCUGGGUUCGAUGGCUCGAAGGCUUACGGGGCAAUUACGAACGACGAAUGCAGAUUAUGGCGUCGACUCUGGAAGAAGGGAAAUAUCUGAUUCAAGAGUCAAAGCCAAAAUCAAACGCCUUUGCGCCUGAUGACCUUGAAUACGAAGUGGUCCACAAGACGCAGCUGUACGAUUUUGAUUACCCUAUGGCUGGCAUGUUCCUUUGGUUGCAUGCACGAUUUGAAACACAUCCUCUCUUCAACGAGGUCGACCAUCAACGACUUUCCCAAGCGCUUUGGGUGUGGCUUACUACCGAGCCGUACCUUGUUCUGCUGGCCCCUGGAAGCAUGUUUUGCCCUACGCCCGAAAUCAGAGAGGAGAAAGGUUGGCAAUACUACCGACUCUGCUUUGCCGCGGUGGAUGACGAUGUGGUGCGCAAGCAUACCGAAAACAUUGUGGUAGCCUUCCGGGAUUUCUGGGUCAUCGACGAUGUCAAGGUGAUUGACAAGCUUCUGGAAGAUGACGAGGAUGUACAGAGGAGAUUUGCUGAACUGGCGAUGCAAAACCAGGAGGAUGAAGCGAGCACCACUCUGCAGCUCCUGCACAUCUUAUACCACAGCGUGAUAAAAGCUCCGGCCGCCCCGUUAUUCCCGCCUCGCCCGCAAGGCUCUCUCGAGGUGUCCGCCAUGCUGCUCACUUCGCUAAUUGCCCUCGCCGCGUUCUUGGAGCCUUCUUGUUCAUGCGACGACCAUGAUUGGACAUCCCCGGUCCUGGGAGGCUAUGUCGACCACGACUUGAUGAAAAGACAUGACCUGGCCAAACGGAUCCAGCCAGCCGCUCUUCCUACCCCGCCGCAACAGAUCAAGGACCUGCACUGGGGUCAGGUCAAUUUCCUUCACACCACGGAUACCCAUGGCUGGCUCGCGGGCCACCUGCUGGAUGACAAUUACAGUGCCGACUAUGGCGAUUUUGCCGACUUUGUGCAGAAGAUGAAGGCCAAGGCGGAUGUGCUGGGCGUCGACCUACUCCUCAUCGACUCGGGGGACUUACAUGACGGUACUGGGUUCGGAGAUGCGACGGAGCCCAACGGGAAGCUCACGCUGCCCAUAUUCAAAAAGCUACCGUACGAUUUGCUGUCAAUUGGCAACCAUGAACUCUACACGACAGAAAUCGCCAAUGACACAUAUCACAACUUUGCUCCGAACUGGGCCGGCCGCUACAUUACCUCGAAUGUCGAGUUCAAUCUCACUGGUAGCCCCACGCCCUUCUCCGAUCGCUAUGCGUAUUGGAAGACGAAGAUGGGCGUCCGGAUCAUGUCCUUUGCCUUUCUUUUCAAUUUCACCGGUAAUAGUAAUGCAACCAUUGUGACCCCAGUUGGUGAUGCGGUCAAACAAUCUUGGUUCCAGGAACAGGUCAAGAGGACGGAUAUCGACAUGUUUCUGGUCGCGGGACAUAUCACUCUUCGGAACUCUCCAGAAUGGGGGCUGAUCUACGCGGCCAUUCGCCAACAUCAUCCUACUAUUCCCAUCCAGAUCUUUGGGGGUCAUCGACAUGUGCGUGACGCCGUGGUCUUUGAUGCGUCGGCCGUGGGUAUUGCUUCGGGAAGAUAUUGCGAGACAGUGGGUUGGGUUUCGGUCAACGGCCUGCCUAGCGCUGUCACCAAAGCGAAGUCGCCUAUGGGAAAUGCCACUAAAAUCACCCAGAAACCCUCGGACGUACCUGGGGUCAAGGCCAAUCCCAACUCCACCUUGUCCUACUCGAGACAAUAUCUUGACUUUAACCGUUACAGUUUUGAAUUCCACACCAACACCAAUGAGCAGACAUUCAAUUCCAGCCUGGGUGUGACGAUCAGCAAGAACAUCACCGCGGCGGUGGAUAGUCUGCCAGUGUUGACCAACAAACUCGGCUGCUGCCCGGAUAACUACUAUCUCGACCGGUUCCCCAUCAGCUCGAAUCAAAGUCUAUUCAACUACCUCACGAAUGUUGUCUUUCCUGCGGUCGUGGUCGCUCCUAACCGUACCGAUCAGCCGCGCAUCAUCCUCACCAACACUGGUGGUUUCCGCUACGAUUUGCUGAAGGGACCGUUUACCAUCGACAAUGCCUAUCAGACGAAUCCGUAUCAAAACUUUUGGCUGCGCAUGACUGCCCCUUGGUCCUCGGCAAAGAACUUGCUCUCGAAUAUGCAGACCGACAAAGUCUUCAAACGCGCCCCGCUGCCAGUCAAUGCCACCACCUUGAUUAAGACACCAGGCUAUGUCACCAAGGACGACUUUGGCAACGACGGGGACAAUAUCGUGCACAUCAACCAGGGCUUCUCUUCUUCUCCACAUUACGUGCAAGCCAAUGUCAGUGUUGGAGCCAACACCUCGGAUUCGACGCUGGUCGAUGUCUACGUCACGAGUUUCUUUUCGGCGGCGGCGGGGAAGUACUUGAGCGGCAACACCAGUGACUGGGUCAGUGCAGAUGGAAACUUUUCGAGCUUUGACACGUUGCCCCGAAUGGCACAGCUACAUUGGAGUCAGGAUUGUUGA